AUGGUUCUCUUUGGGUAUGGAGACUACAGCUACCCCUGCCGGAAUAUCCCCUCAAUGCCCAUCUGCAACCUCUUCUUCCGCCAACUGCUCGUCCAUCCUCAUGGCAUGCAAGCGCCCGCCUCCGAACUUCUGGGCCUUCCUCCCGCCUCCGACCCCAACUUCCAGUCGGCGCUGAGGAGUGCCGGAGUAGGCAUAGGCGCGAGCUGCUUCAUCCCCCGGGCUGGCUUUGUCGGUGGUGAGAGCGGGUACUUGGGGAACAUCGCGAAUCUGAUUCUGUGCGGCAUCGCCGUCCUCGUCGGUCUCGCCCUCGCAGCCGCCGCGAUCCGCCGCACCGCCGCCGUCGGACGCGUCGAGAUGACCAUCCUCUUCCUCAUGUACGCGGUCGUGCAGGGAUUGCAGUUGGCGGACAACUCGGCGUUGUUGAAGCAGGGUAGUCUGGCGUUGACUUGGGUCACGGCGGUGCACGUCGGCAUGCUCGUCGCGCUGUUCUGGGUCCUCGUCUGGGUCGCCUUCCUCUCCCUCCAAGUCGUCGAAGACGGCACGCUCCUCUCGCUCAUCCCCCUCUUCGGAAUCGGCAUCAUCCUCGCCGUCGGAUCAGGCUACAUCGCGCUCGACACGGGUCUCACGAUCACCGACUACUUCCAGAGCAAGAACCCGGCGCAGAUCCACUCGGCUUGGUUGUUCUCCCUCACGAUCGUUUGGCCAGCUGCGGCGGCGGCGGUUUACUUCAUCAUCCAGGCGGGUGUUGUCGCGAGGGUAUUGAGGGAGAAGAAGCCGCUUUUCACCCUCCUCGGCGCAGCAUUCGUUUUCGCCCUCGGCCAAGCCGCCUACUACGCCCUCUCGCACCGCAUCUGCACCGGCACGCACGCCAAGAUCGACGGAAGCUGGAUCGCGACGCUGCUCGAGACUGUCACCAUCGGGUUGAUUUACGCUUCGUGGACGUUCAUCACGGAGGACGAGUGGGACGACUACACGAUUGGCGGCGCCAACUCGGCGACGUACUGA